AUGGGCUCAUGGGAUUAUUACUGCGCUUUGUGCGGGUCCACCUUCCACGGAGAGAGCUUUGUUUCUAGAAAACCACGCACAGCCCGGUACUUAUGGCGAGAAAAACGCGACGCUGACUUUGAUACAUUGGUGGCUGCGGAUCCCUUGAAUGGCCGAAUCGAUUUCCGGAGGUUCAACGAAGAAACAGCUGCUGGUGAAGACAAUCUCGAUAAUGAAUCAUUGUCUAGCCAAGAUGAGAAUGGCACCUAUGAUUGCUCGAUCAUCUCCAAAGAGGAUGCCACAUGGUCCAAUAAUCUCCAAUGUCUUGGCGUGAAUAUUGAUUAUCCUUUUCCGAGCAAUGCAUUUCUUUCUGACAUUGGCUAUGAUGACGAAUUCGGCGCUGUCUCUGCCGAGCCAGGCAGCGAUUCUAGCGCGCCCGACGAUUUGGGCGAUUAUUCGGCUUACGAUCAGAACGAAGAUUACCCACUCUUCCCGUUUCACCCCAAGUGCUUUGAGCUGCUCCAACAGACCGUCGCAUUCUGGCGAGGUUUCCAAAUAAAGGCCAGACCGCUACUCGAACGUGACUGGGAGUUGAACGUACCCGGUGGUGAUCUUGACAAGGAUGUGCUGUGGAGGGUCUUCCGCAAUUUGCAGAGUGAUGCACAGCUGGAUAUCUCAUAUGGAGAGCCAGCGCCACCUCAAGAUCAAUACUGGUGUGUAAACCCGGGCGAUGAGCUCUUCAUUGCAGACCCUGGAAAGCGAAACCCCCACGCCAUGAAUGCGAUUCAUGAUAUGUGGCGCGAAAUACACUCUCCCGGAUUAGAAUCCGAUAUUACUAGUAAACUUAGUAGUAUGGAUGAUCCGUUUGCACAAUUUCCGCUCGAAUUACUCCUGAUCAUCACUUCAUCACUCCAGCCUCGCUCGCUUUUAAGCCUCAUGCAAGCUUCGCCUCACAUACGACGUGGAUUAGGCCGGAGUUUUUCAUAUUGGCGACAACGAUUUGAAACAGAUUUACCAUGGUUCUACGAAGUUCACUCUUUUCUAGAGGACUUUCCCAGCCCAGCCAGCUGUGAUUCUAGAGAGCUUCCUGGCAAGUCGCUCUCGCAUUUCUUUGCAUGGGCGUACCAUACUACCACCCCCCGAUUGGGAUUACAAGGCCCUUUCAUGGGAAUUGCCAAUCGUCGACGAAUUUGGGAAGCAUGCAACCAACUCGUGGGUCCGUACUUGGCUCAGGUCAACACCGAAUAUAGCUACUCAGAAGUUGAAGAAGAAGGAUAG